UGUUGUUGAAAUAUAGCGUGCUUUAGUUUGUUAUUAGUUUGUUUUUAAUUUUUCGAUUUUCCGAGAUUACAUUUUUUUAACAAUAAUCGUGUAGGUGUUUAAGUUUUAGUGUUCCUUUUAUUAAUAUCAGCUGGAUUUUAACAGUUUAUUAUGUCUUAGGACGUGACAAUCACUCCCAAGGAGUUUUAACCCUGGUACAUCCACCUGAUAAUCACAGUACAAAACCAUUUAACAAGCUCUUCAUGAAACAAUCAAAAUGCUAGCAUUAUCCGUAGUCAUCUUAUUCUCCUCAUUAUCCCUGACUUUGGGAUUGCUGGAAGGACCGAAUGUGUGUACAACACAGGAAACAUAUACAGUGACAGUGCGAGUAUCGGAAGAACAACCAUAUCAAGUUAGGGAGUACGUGUGGUGCCUGAAUUUCCCUCCAAGAUGCUCAAAAUAUAAGAUUAAGUUUAAGACAGUGUACAAAAUUCAAAAUCUGGUCAAGACUAGACCGGUUGAAGACUGCUGCAAGGGUUACACGAAAAGUAAUACCGGCGAUAAAUGUAUACCGAUUUGUUCAAAAGACUGCCUUCAUGGAACUUGCACAGCUCCAGAUACUUGCCAGUGCGAAACGGGAUAUGGCGGACCAUACUGUGAUAUUUCUUGUCCUAAAGGCUUGUGGGGUAGAGAAUGUCAACACAAGUGCGAAUGCCAAAAUAACUCAACUUGUGAUCCUUUCAACGGAGACUGUCACUGCUCCCGUGGCUGGGUAGGUAGAUUCUGCGAAAGCAAAUGCGACAAGAACCAUUUUGGACAUGAGUGCCUUGAACAAUGCCGGUGCGAGAACGGCGACUGCGACCACAUAUCAGGGGAGUGUCGGUGCCACGCUGGAUAUAUGGGACCACUGUGUGAUGACUUAUGCCCGAUUGGAAAACACGGGUCUGAAUGCAAAUCCGACUGUAGAUGCCAAAACGGCGGAACAUGUGAUCCAGAAACAGGAGACUGUUUCUGUACGAAUGGUUGGACGGGAUCUGUAUGUGCGAACAGAUGUCCUUUCGGUUUCUGGGGUGAAGAAUGUAGGGAGCAGUGUGAUUGUUAUAACGGCGCCUCCUGUCACCACAUUAAUGGUACCUGCGAGUGUCAGCCCGGUUUUACAGGAGAUAGGUGUCUAGAUGUUUGUCCGGAAGGUACCUUUGGUAUCAACUGUGCUGAAAAGUGUUCUUGCCAGAAUGGUGCCAAAUGCUCCAAUAGGGACGGCACUUGCAUGUGUUCUAAGGGAUGGACUGGGAAACGUUGUGAUAAGAGGAUUUGCCCUGAUGGGUACUUUGGUCCAGGCUGCCAGAAGAUGUGCCAAUGUAACAAGGAGAAUACAGAAAUGUGUCAUCCAUGGACGGGCGAUUGCGAUUGCAAAGCGGGAUGGAAUUCUCAAGACUGCACCAGACUAUGUCCUAUCUUGACUUAUGGAAAAGGUUGCCAUGAACAGUGCAAAUGCGAGAACAACGCUCAAUGUUCUCCUGUAAACGGUACUUGCAUCUGUCCACCAGGUUUUACUGGUAAACACUGUGAGAAGAUGUGUGCUGAAGGUAGCUUUGGGGAAGAUUGUGCUCAAAAAUGUGACUGUAAAAAUGGUGCAAAUUGCUCUUCCGAAACAGGCCAGUGCCAGUGUCCAGCCGGUUGGGAGGGUCAGCAAUGUGAUAGACCAUGCAGUAACAAUUCUUUCGGUGUUCAUUGCAGCCAAAAAUGUGUUUGCAAAAAUGGUGCUUCUUGCAAUCCUGUUAACGGUAGUUGUACUUGUGGGGCUGGAUUUACUGGAGAAUUUUGCGAAAGCAAAUGCGAGCAAGGCUACUUUGGACUCAAUUGUGAGCAAUUCUGUACUUGUCAAGAAGGACACCAUCUUGGAUGCGAUGCUGUCACUGGAAAGUGCAUUUGCAAACCGCAAUGGAAAGGUGUAAGGUGUGAAUCUAUCUGUCCAGAGGGCAAGUUCGGGGAGACAUGUGAACAAACCUGUAAUUGUAAAAACAACAGUUCCUGUGAUCCAGAGACCGGAAAAUGCUACUGUGCUAGAGGUUGGCAAGGAGAAGAGUGUACUACUCCUUGUGAAGCUGGCUUUUACGGAAUAGGAUGCAGACAAGAGUGCCCAGCAGUUUCUCUUGGAAACAAAACAUGUGAUCAUAUAACCGGAGAAUAUGUUUGCCCUCCUGGAUACCUCGGCCUUACAUGUGAACACCCAUGUCCUAUAGGAAAGUACGGAAAGAACUGCUUACAGAGCUGUUCAUGCAAAAACGGUGGUGACUGUCAUCAUGUUACAGGAUUCUGCCAAUGCCUACCCGGAUGGAUAGGAAGAAACUGCACAACACCUUGUCCUUCAGGAAGCUUUGGAAUGAACUGUAGUCAACAUUGUAAGUGUUUGAAUGGAGGCAUAUGUAGAAGAAACGAUGGAGUGUGUAGGUGCCAAGCUGGAUGGACUGGUACACAAUGUACAGAGCUUUGUCCAGAGGGCUACUAUGGAGACCACUGCAUGACACCUUGUGAAUGUGAGAACGACAAUUUCAUCUGUCAUCCAGUAGAGGGCUGUAUCUGCAAACAUGGCUUCAUAGGAGAUCACUGCGAAGACUCCAACGUUUUAGGGCGAGUGCGGCACGUAGAGCAACCUGCAGAAGGAGGAUACGGUGUUGUUGUCGCCGUAGUGAUGGUUUCCAUUAUAUUUAUAGCGGUAGUAGUUUUACUGGUCUUCUAUUAUAGGAGACGAGUAUCUAAUUUGAAGACAGAGAUCGCUCACGUUCAGUAUAUUGCUGAUCCUAACUUUGCUCCAGAUCGAAAUCAUUUUGAUAAUCCAGUAUAUUCUUAUCAAGGUAAUGGCAAGAGAGACAAUGACAAGUUGCUCAACAAUUCGACUAAAAUUCAUAACAAUCUUCAUAAACCAUCGAAUACUAAUUUAGAAAGAGCACGACUGGGAGGUUGUUGUUCAACAGACGAUGAUGAUUUGUCAAAAGGUAUGUACGAACCGACCAUAGACGAACUACGAACUCUAAAAAAUAGAGAAGCAGAUGCGACGAAUCCGAACAUUUAUCAGAGUAUUGAAAAACUAGAUCACGUUUAUGACGAAAUUAAACAAAAAGAUGUAAAUAUCGAAAUGGAGUACGACCAUCUCGACUAUACGAGACCUGCGAGCAGUUUAAAACCACAUUACCAAAGGAUGGCUAGUCCUUUCGGUUCCAGGGAUUUAACAAAAGACGAUAAGCUCGGACCUGCCGAAUAGAUAAUCAUCCAUUAGUAGCUUCUUUAUCCACCUAUUUAUUACUCAAUAUUUUUUUACGCAAAUUCGAUAAUAUAGCUGAUUAAACACACUUCAAUGGAAAAGAUAAAAUGUAAAGAAUGUCUAGGUCAGCUACUGUAAACUAUCUACGAUAUAUCAAUCUAAAUGAACUUUAGAUUUUAGAGAACUUUUUUUUAAACACUCACUAUGGCAAUUUGAUAGAAAGGGUUUUACAUAAUAUUAUAUUACAAAUAAAAGACCUUAUUCACUACUUAAACUACGAAAAAACGAAUAUCUGUAGUAUUUUACAUAAUAAAAUCAUUGACA